GUUCCUUUGUUCCGUUUCUCUCUAUCCAUCUCUACGCAGCAAGGCCUUCUGGCCCUCGAAUCGCAAAUCGUGUUCUUCUCAAAUUAAGUUGGCAGUUACCAGAAUUGAGAGCAAUGUUGAGAUCAGCAUCCAUAAUAAAGCUGUCUGGACAAAUCAACCAGCUUAUAACAGUAAGGGCUCGACCCCUCUCUUCCAAUUACAGCACAAUACACAGUCUGGUCCACAGGCAACGCAGUUCGGGGUUGACAGAAUCCUCAGAAAAUCAACCUUAUAAAGAUGGCGCAGCUGUAUCCAGGUAUCUAAUAGGAGAAAAUAUUUCUCGAAAGGACAGGAUUAGCUUUCUUAUCAACUUACUUAUGGAUCUUGGUGAUGAUAAAGAAGCAAUAUAUGGGGCCCUUGAUGCUUGGGUUGCAUGGGAACGGAACUUCCCUAUUGGCCCGUUGAAGAAUGUAUUGCUUGCUCUUGAGAAAGAGCAACAGUGGCAUAGAAUAGUCCAAGUUAUUAAAUGGAUUCUGAGUAAAGGGCAGGGCACCACGAGGGGAACAUACGGGCAGUUGAUCCGAGCUCUAGAUAUGGACCAUAGAGCAAAAGAAGCACAUGAUAUCUGGAUGAAGAAACUUGCAUCAGAUUUACAUUCCGUUCCUUGGAAGUUGUGUGAUCUUAUGAUAUCUAUUUAUUAUCGUAAUAACAUGCUCGAGGAUCUUGUAAAGCUGUUCAAAGGCUUGGAAGCAUUUGACCGGAAACGCCCAGAAAAAUCGAUCGUGCAGAAAGUAGCCAAUGCAUAUGAGAUGUUGGGAUUACCGGAAGAGAAAGAACGGAUACUGGAGAAAUACGAGGAUUUGUUCACCGAUAAAUGUAAUGAUCGACCCAAGAAAUCCGGCCGCGCCUCUUCCCCCAGUAGAAGAAAAUCAGGGCAAAGGGGAAUCAAGAUUUGAUGUAAUUCCUUCAAAUUGUGUAAUUUGUAUGACCACAAAAAAUUUUCUAUGUUAGAAUACAUUUUUCAAGUUUUUAUAAUUCGUGGUUAUUGUGUAACCCGACUACAAAUAAGCAAUCUGAACAGGUGCUGAGUUCCUUUUA